CUCCAGCCAAUCAGAUUCACGCUUUAAAUGUGACUCCCGCCUUCUCUCCUCCCAUGCUUCUGCCAUCCUAGAACUGCCUUUUUCCUCAGUGCCCAGUUUCCUCUGCCAUUUCUUGGAGGCGAACGACUCUUGCCUUUACAGCUGCUAUAAACAAAGAACCAUGGUCCAAGCUAAGUCCUGGGUCCUGAUCAAGCACUUUGAUGGCUUCCCCAAGAACAGCGACUUCGAGCUCAAAGUGGAGGAGCUCCGUGAGCCCAAAGAUGGAGAGGUGCUCUUAGAAGCAGUGUUUCUCAGUGUUGACCCGUACAUGAGGCCGUUCAGUGCAUUUCGCAUGAAAGAGGGAGAUGUGAUGAUUGGGACUCAAGUGGCCAAAGUGAUUCAAAGUAAGAACCCAGCGUUUACCGUCGGAAGCCAUGUUAUCAGUCGUGACGGCUGGAGGACCCACUCCCUCAGUAACGGGACGGAGCUCGUUCCCGUCAUGCCCGACUGGCCGAAGGACGUCUCGCUUUCCCUGGCUCUGGGUGGCAUCGGCAUGCCGGGACUGACGGCUCUGUACGGGAUUGAAGAAGUCUUGGGCCUCAAGAAAGGCGAGACCCUCCUUGUGAACGCCGCAGCGGGGGCGGUGGGCUCUGUAGUGGGCCAGAUCGCCAAAAUCAAAGGUUGUAAGGUGGUCGGUUCAGCCGGGUCCGAUGCAAAGGUGGCUUUCCUUAAAGAACUGGGCUUCGACGAUGCUUUCAACUAUAAGACGGUUGGUUCUCUGGAGGAGGCGCUGAAGAAGGCGUCUCCUGAGGGAUAUGACUGCUUCUUUGAAAACGUUGGAGGUCCUUCUUCAAGUGUGGCCUUGCAACAGAUGAAGAACUUUGGAAGAAUAGCUGUGUGUGGAGCUAUUUCUACAUACAAUGACACCACCCCUCAGACAGGCCCGUUCCCACACUUUAUCAUGAUCGUCAAGCAGCUGAAGAUGGAGGGCUUCAUGCAGAGCAGGUGGGAGCACAAGCACCCCGAGUCCCUGAAGAGGCUGAUUGGAUGGUUUAAAGAGGGUAAACUGCAGUGUCGGGAGCACUUGACGAAAGGCUUUGAAAACAUGCCAGCUGCAUUUAUGGGGCUGCUGCAGGGAGAUAACAUCGGCAAGGCUGUCAUCGCGGUCUGAUGUGAAACCCAGGAUUAAGAGAGGGAUCAGUGUUAUCAAAGAUUUACACGUUAUUACAGGUUGUUUACAUGAAGGACUAAUAGAUACUCACGGUUAACCAGAUAAACUAACGUAGUUACAUUAAUGGACAGGAUGGACAUUAAGACAACACGUUGUGGCUAUAAACACUAAAAGAAGCACUCCAGUUUAGAGACUCAGUCAUGAAGGGACUGAGAUGUGACAGGUAAUUUUCAGUUCUGGGUAAGGAAUCUUUUAGAGUUAGGUCUGCAACAAAACCUUCUACUAGGUUAGUGAAGUUUUUUUUGCCAGUUUUAAUGUUUUUUCUUUAUAAUCACUAAAAAAGACAAAAAUGAACAAUUGACUUUUAGAAGAACCAGAAUUAGAGACACAAAUCUGACUAUAUGUCGGUCGCAGUCACAAGCAAAUAGCAGGAAGGGAAGUGUUUACUUUUUUGACCACCAUCCAGACAAUAGUCUCCAUACUGUAUUAGGACAACACAAGACUCAACCAUUGUUUACUAUGUGCUUUGUAUUUAGUGGGAGCUUUUCUACAGUUAAUAAAAUUUGAGCCUUUAAAAAAAAAA